AUGAUACCUCACCUUCCGCCUGAGCUUAGCGACCGCAUCAUCGACUUCCUCUGGCACGACUGGAAGUCGCUUUGUAGUUGUGCUGUCGUAUGCCGUACCUGGUGGCAUGCGAGCCGCUAUCACCUCUUCAGCAGCAUGCGCAUCUCACGUCUAUCGACCCUAAACGCCAUCGCGAAGGCCGCGCGGUCACCUUACUUUAUUCCGCCUCUGCAUUGGAUCCGCUCCCUGGAGCUAGUCGAAGCUCACAGGUCACCGUCUGCGGUCCGCGAGCCUCUUUCAGAUUGA